AUGGGGACGUAUGAACCUCCUACGUCAAUGGAGACUCCACCCUCCAGCGCAAAAUCUGGCUCGCGCGAAAGUAUAAAAGAAAAAUCCCAACGCAGAAGCCUCUUCAUUCUAUCCAGACCACCGACGAGUGAAGGUCGAACCGCGGAGCAACAGCAGCAGCAGCACCAGCAGAGGAGAGCAGUAGAGAAGAAGAGCAACACCAGCAGAGGAGAGAAGAAGCAGCUUCAAGUGUUCUUUUCUUCACUCUCGUUCGGGCCAACAAGGAGCGUGCUUCGACCACCGACGAGUGAAGGUCGAACCGCGGAGCAGCAGCAGCAGCAGCACCAGCAGAGGAGAGCAUUAGAGAAGAAGAGCAACACCAGCAGAGGAGAGAAGAAGAGCAGCUUCAAGUGUUCUUUUCUUCACUCUCGUUCGGGCCAACAAGGAGCGUGCUUCGGUGCGGCGGAGGAAUAA